GGAUGACUCUGUUCCUGAAGACAACAUCUGGAGAGGCAUCCUCUCAGUUAUUUUCUUCUUUCUCAUCAUCAGCGUGCUGGCGUUCCCCAACGGUCCAUUUACCAGACCUCAUCCAGCCUUGUGGCGAAUGGUUUUUGGCCUCAGUGUGCUGUACUUCCUCUUCUUGGUAUUUCUCCUUUUCCUGAACUUCGAGCAGGUUAAAUCCCUAAUGUAUUGGCUAGAUCCCAAUCUUCGAUAUGCCACCAGAGAAGCAGAUAUCAUGGAGUAUGCUGUGAACUGCCAUGUGAUCACCUGGGAGAGGAUCGUCAGCCAUUUUGAUAUAUUUGCAUUUGGGCAUUUCUGGGGCUGGGCCAUGAAGGCCUUGUUGAUCCGUAGUUAUGGACUCUGCUGGACAAUCAGCAUCACCUGGGAGCUGACAGAGCUGUUCUUCAUGCAUCUGCUGCCCAACUUUGCCGAGUGCUGGUGGGACCAGGUCAUUCUGGACAUCCUGUUAUGCAAUGGUGGUGGCAUCUGGCUGGGCAUGGUUGUUUGCCGAUUUUUGGAGAUGAGGACUUACCACUGGGCAAGCUUCAAGGACAUCCAUACCACCACAGGGAAGAUCAAACGUGCUGUGUUACAGUUCACCCCUGCUAGCUGGACUUACGUCAGGUGGUUUGACCCUAAGUCUUCCUUUCAGAGAGUGGCUGGGGUAUACCUUUUCAUGAUCAUCUGGCAGUUGACUGAGCUGAAUACCUUCUUCUUGAAGCACAUCUUUGUUUUCCAAGCCAGCCACCCCUUAAGCUGGUGUAGAAUUCUCUUCAUCGGCUGCAUUACAGCUCCUACAGUGAGACAGUACUAUGCUUACCUCACCGACACACAGUGUAAGCGCGUUGGGACACAGUGCUGGGUGUUUGGGGUCAUUGGCUUUCUGGAAGCUAUUGUUUGCAUAAAAUUCGGACAAGAUCUUUUCUCUAAGACCCAGAUACUCUACGUUGUAUUUUGGCUUCUUUGUGUGGCCUUCACCACGUUCCUGUGUCUGUACGGCAUGGUUUGGUAUGCAGAGCACUAUGGUCACCGGGAAAAGACCUAUUCAGAGUGUGAAGAUGGCACUCCAGAGAUCUCCUGGCAUCAUGGGAAAGGCUCAAAAGGUUCUGAAGACAGCCCUCCCAAGCAUUCAAGCAACAACGAAAGCCAUUCUUCCAGAAGAAGGAACCGGCAUUCCAAGUCCAAAGUCACCAAUGGAGUUGGAAAGAAAUGAAGGAGCCUCAUUAAUUUCAGAUGUUCCAGAGAGUGCCUAGACCUGAGAGGGCAACAGAACACAUUGGGACCUUCCUAUGUGGAGAUCAAAAUGUACAGAACACACAGAAGGAACAGAGGGGGCUUUGGGGAUCAUGAUUGGAGAGUGUAAGUCUUGUCUCCCAUAGCUCUGAACAUACAUUAGGCUGACCAUGACUUGGGGUCCUUUGCCAACAGGAGGUGUCUCCUAACUUCAGCAUGAGGCCUGUGGUUUCUGGUAGCUAUACAGUGUGCUGGAAGGACAGGAUAGCUGUUUGCUCCUGGUUGCCAGCAAUGGCUCUGUGCCCAUGUGUCUCGUGGACGCUGUAGGACUAUCUUCAUUCAGAUGUCAACUUCACCAACUGGUUAAUGAAUUGUUCACUGGGUUUUAUUUUUAUGAAUCUGCCUUUCCAUUUGACUGAUUGUUUUAAGUUCAGUUUGUUUUUCCAUCUUUUCCUUUGUGUUUUCAAGUUAGAAUGCUUAAAAACUUCCAGAAUCCACUGCUGAAAUUGGGGUUCCUUCUAGAGAAGAAAUGGGUGGGGGGAGUUUUUUUGUGUCCCUGCUUAGCAUACUCAGUCCCUAGCCACAUGACAGAUGACCAGCAGCCUGAGUUUGAAGGAGGCUGGCUGUUUGCACUGGAGCCUGAGCUUCAGACUGGAACCUGUUGUAUUCCAUUCCAAACGCUGUUUGUCCCAACUGAGUGCACACAAGUGACCCUGCUAGAGGAUCUGGGGCACUGCGGCUCCUCUCCUGCCAGGUGCCUUUCCCAUAUGCUUGGUUUUCCUUCUGUGGUAUGUUGCCUACUUUGUCUUUCUGUCUCAUGUGAGGUGCUAGUGAGUAUUAAGUUUCAUCUGUGCCAUGCUCUCCUAGAACAUUUUCCCACCCUGGAUCCUUGUUUUAAAUAAAUCAAUUCACAUGAAAAACUCCUCAAAUAUCUUGUCUUUAAGAAUGACGUUUCUUCAUAUCCUUUUGGUCUUUCAACUGUUUAUAAGAAACCUUGUAUUUUACAACUGACUUUAGGAUAACACAUAUGUAUGUGUGUCCUAUAUGCCGAAGAGAAAAAAGAAACUAUUUUUAAAGGGCUUAUGGAAGUAUAGCCAUUGUCUGUCACCAUGGUCAUGCUUACCAAGUUGGAUUUCCUUUCUCAAACAAGCGGCCUAUACAGAUACAAACUCGCUAGCCCUUUCCCUUAUUUCCUGGCGGUGCCGAAUGAUUUCUGUGUCUUUUUGCCCUCUUAAAGCAAAUUUUUGAACUACA